CAUCGGUAUGACACAAAAUGUUUGAUGAACAGUGUUGAUACUAGGGUUGAAAGGGCUGAGUUGGUACUAGCAAUAAUAAUUACUGUAUUUUUUCCUCUCCAGUUUCUUGGACAGGGUUGAUACAGUCAAACAAGCUGACUACCUGCCAGUAGAACAGGUACGCUAUUCAGUUAACUGGGUGCCUAAGCACUAUGUCGACCCUACCCCUAGCUAUCUUCUCAUUGUCCAGCGUUAAAUUACUUGCGGUGGCUUAUGUUUGCUGUUGUAGUUGAAAAUUGGAUGUGAAGAGAAACAGAAAAAGUCUGCUGAUAAACAAGAAGAUGCAUGUAGUUGUUGUUCUGGUGUGCUUGGAUUAUAAUUAUUUCAUUUUUGGUUCUGAAAUGGCUUUUUGUUGCUCUCAAGUUGUACAACAGAACACAUAAAAAUGCAAAACUUAGAAUAAACAUACACAGAUCAAUGCUGUUCUCUUAGAAAAAUGGAAAGGAGCGCAGUCUUUUGAACCUGUGAAAUGCAGGGUGCCCAGGCAUAUGAUUUCUGUGAAAAAAAAAGCUAAAAGUUGUUAUUUGUCUGGGAGAAAACGUUUGGUAUUAAAGAUUGAAAUCCCUGCACAGCAUAGUUACUUAAUUUUAAUUUGAAAGUUGUGAAAGACUCUUUUAAAAAGUGUCAAUUUUACAAUUUUCAAAUAAGCAAGACCAUGGGGGGUGGGUGGGGGGGACUGCUGAAGUGCACCCUUAAUACAUGCAGGAAUGCAUUAAGGGCUGUGUGCCAUAACGAGAUGUGACUGCAGGAUCUCCCUCCUUUUUCCCCUAAAGCAGGGUUGUCAAAAGUAACUGGCUGCCAGCGAAAAUCGCCACCUAUUUGGUUAGUAUCGGCCAGCUCCUCUGCUUGGUAUUUCUUUACGGGUGACGCUUUUUAGAUAAAGUAUCCCUGGACUGGCCACUUACUUUGACAACUCAGCCAUCUACUUCAAAUCUUUCUGACAACCCUGCCCUAAAGGUGAAAGGUAAAGGUAAAGCAUCCACAUUCACAAUAACUCGUGACAGUAGUAAUAUAUAACUGAUAAACCUGAGGUUGACGGUGUGCUCAUUUUACCCCCCUCUCUCCAUCAAUGCUCCAUUUUAAGUGUAUUUAAAGCUAGUCAAAGCGAGACAAAGGAGAAGGUUGUAACAAGGAUGUGAUGUCCCUGUGGAUCGAACUAGGGACGUCGUGUACCAAAGGCGGCACACUAACCAACUGUGCCACCUUUGAUUCUGCCGCCAGAAAGCACUGGAGAGCUUUGCUUGCCAGCUAAUGCAAUCCUUGCCAUGUACUUCUACUUUCAGGACCUGCUCAGAUGUCGUGUGUUGACAUCAGGAAUCAUUGAAACAAGAUUUCAAGUUGACAAAGUGAAGUUUCAGUAAGUUUUGCUUCCUGACUCUGUUCAGAGUAGUUUACCGGUAACAGUGACCAGCAGUCAACAGGAGUUUUGGUAGGCUUCUUGCAGGGUGUUAAAUUCUUGAAAAAGAAUUUGAAAACCAGUUUUCCAGAUGUGAAAAAUGGUAAAAACUCUAGAGUUUUGUUUUUGUUUGUUUUGUUCUUCUUUUUUCAAAACUGCAGCCAUGCUUAAUUGCUAGCAACUCUUACUUACAGGUGUAAGUCUUGUCUGUGGGGGAAAAAAUUAGUGGUUUAUUUUUUUUAUGUUUUCAUUGCACUGUGGUUUCUAUGCAUUUACAGUGCCAAAAAAAAAAAAAAAAUUGGGAAAAACUUGGUUCUUGCGUUUCUGUCGAGGUUUUUAUCUGUAUGAUAACCUUGUGUCUAGAAAAAAGAAAAUUUUUUUUGGAAAAAGUGGGGAUAGUAUUGGAUAGUUUUGAACUUUGCACCCCAAAGUCUCUGCCUAGUCAAAAUGUUUUGCAGUGGUAGGCAGGAAAACAAGAAUAGCCGGCAGCAAAUGCCUAAACUUGGGUGGUUUGUAUUUAAAAUUAUUAAACCUAAGUGAUGAGUAGGUGGCAAAUAUUCCAAUGGAAGCAGCAAAAUUGCUGCAGGCUGCAGGCUCACUUUAACUGCGCUGAAAUUCUGUAUGAGUCCUGUGAGAAGUUUAACCUGCCUAUCACAGUUGUCAGCGGGUUUGACGUUCAAGGAUCUUUUUAUUAACUGAACAUCCGUGUUUUAACCUCCUCAGUAUGUUUGAUGUGGGAGGACAGAGAGAUGAAAGGAGGAAAUGGAUACAGUGCUUUAACGGUGAGCAGUUUGUAAUAGAUUACAAACUUGAGUUGCUACUGUAAAUUAGUUUACUGUUGCAGGGAUCUCUAGAAAAUAUGAUUGGAAGAUGGAGAAAACAUUUAAGUAGGCAGCAAUACAUAUAGAUUAGAUCGAAAGUCACUCGCAUGUGGGGGUAGGGGUAGGUAUGGAAGGGGACUCCCUCCUCCACUGGAGACAUCUGGGGGGUUGUAAAGUGUAGAAUUGUGAUUUUGAGGGCCUUGAAAAAUGUAUUUCAGUGCACUUUGAGCAACUAGGGAAGGGAUUUGAGCCAUGAAAAUGGGAAUUUCACUUGCCUACAUUAACAUUCGCUUUGUUUUACCUAAUUUUUGUUUCAUCUAAUGAAGUGUUAUCGUACGGGUACAAACAUGACAAAUUCGUUAUCUGCUCAAAAAAUUAUUUUCUUUGAGUAGAUGACAAGACGGCAAUUUUUGAAGGGCAUUGGAGCUUCUGGAGAACCCUGCUGUUAAAAUUCAGGAUUAUUGCCAGUUGAUUUGUUGGCGCUAAUGACUAUAUUUUUCAUGCUUCUUUUUCAGAUGUUACAGCAAUAAUAUUUGUGGUUGCAUGCAGUAGUUACAAUUUGGUACUAAGAGAAGAUCCUAGCCAGGUAAGUGGUGCUCCAUGAGGCUACUCCCUUAAAUUAACUUUACUAGGCAGGAACUGUGCUGUGGUGUCUUUGAGCCUCUGUACCUGUUCACCCCUUUUCAGACAAAAAUAUUGAGAAAAAUAAGAAUCCUGGUAGAGACAUUAAGGGAAAAAUAUCUGCACAUUAUUAUUGUUGCACAUUUAUGUUUAUUCUUUGCCUGCAUCAAGUUUUAACCUAGUAUUGCAUUUGAGCUUGAUUGAGAAUACAGUAAAACCCCGCGACUAAACACCUGGAUUUUUCCAAGUCAGUCUAAACAGGUCCUUAUAUGAAUGGUACUUAGCACAAGUUUAGUGUAUUGAGUUUCUUAAAAAGGUUCUCAUUUUCUAAAGAAAAAAAAAUACAAUAUAGGUAAGAGUAUGUAGUGGUUCAGCUUAUAAAAUCUGCAUACCAUUGCAUUGCAGUUGGAGUGAUAAGGCAUUUAUGUCUCCCAAAAGGAUUCUGAAUGUUGACUUAUCAAAGUGUACAGAAUUGUUUCAUAGAUUUUAGAAAGUAAGAACCUGUUUCAAGUUUUAGGCUAGACAGGUUCUUAUUGUAGAGGGGGCUUAACUGGAAAAUUAAUUUAAGCCAAACAGGUUCUUAAAAUCCAGGUUCAUAGUCGUGGGGUUUUACUGUAAUCAGGGUUUACAUGUAUGUGACAAAAUGGACCCUUUUUCGGAGUCAAGUAAAAUAUACCCCUCUUCCUCUCCCCAUGAGAUAUGGUGUUAACAAAUUUAAUUGUCUUUGGAAACAAUUGGAAACACUAUAGAGAAGGGAAGUUGUCAGUGUUCUCCCUAAAUUUUAGCUCAGCAGGUAAAGGACCAUUCCUGGCCAGUAAGGUAAAAAAUAUGCACCAGAUCAGGUGCACUUUCCUGUGGGGGAAGGGGGUUGUGGAGUGAGUGACAUGGCCCUGCCCUCGCUGGGAAGUUCUCUGAAACAUCAUUCGCUCAUUGUAAGACCUAUUUUAUGCAAAAUGUCCGCUGAUAUCUUUGGAUGACAAUUUAAAACGUUUGAUUCCAAUAAUUCUGCUCUGUCUUCAGUGUUCUAUUAAUUUAAAUUUUCCAAAAUGUGUGGCCCAUAAAAAGAAAAGCUGGGUAUACUUUUAGUACUUUCCCACUUUAUUCAUUUUCCGUGUGAUUAUCAGAUCGGAUCACAACUUCUUUUUUUAGUUUUAGUAAACCUUCAAGCUCUUGCAGGUGGUAAGAAGUGUUGAUUCAGGCAGUAAAUGUUAUCAGUUACCUCCUGAUAAGGAGAACACUGACAUUGUUACGUCGCGUUGCCGUGGUAGCAAAAAGUCUGGAUGACAACAAAAAGUGAAUUCGCACUGUUUCAAACCUCCUCAAGCUUAUUCAAUUUCAAUUCCUUUGUCAAAUUUUGGUGAAAUUUUCUGGGGUUAAAUCCAAAAGGACUCUGUCUUAGUUAAGAAGAAGAAAAGGAAAUUAUUGUGUUGUGUUCACCAACUCCAUAAAGCAGGCACGUCAAAUUAGGAAGUUUCAUGUCCCAGUCGUGCAUCAAUGGCUAGGAAAUAACAAAAAAGUGUGCUGCACAUGCAAAUUUGUUGUUUCGCACAACAAACCUAUUGCUCUUUUGCUAUUCUCGUUUUUGUUGCGGUCGUUGCUUGAGCUGCCUGUUGUCGCCAUCCAGAAAUUAUGCUACCAUGGUAAUGUGACAUCAUACUUCUCCUCCCUAGUAAGUACAGAUUGCUUUCAAUAACUAUACAUAGUACUCCACACUACAUCUACUACAUUUCCUUGGUGGACAAUGUCAAGUAAAUAUAUGUAUUAUGAGUUUUGCGGUGUAAAAUAUAUGUCCUAGAUGAACAUAAUUAUUAUGGUUGUUUUACAGAACCGGUUGAAGGAAUCUCUUGAAUUGUUCAGAAGUAUUUGGAAUAACAGGUUUGUAUGGAUCUAGUUUUCCUUUUUCAGAGGCAUACAAGUGAGGUGUAAAUUGUUACAUAUUCCAGUGAAACCUCGAUGUAACUAAUCUAAAACAAGUCCUUGGUAUAACGGAUGAUAUUUUUUGCCCCAGUGAUAGUAAAAUAUAUGAAAAAGAACCCUGAUACAACAAAACCUUGUUAUGGUGAACAGAUUUUGACAUUCCCUUUGCCCUUCAUUACACCAAGGUUCUGCUGUAAGAAUAUUUAAUAUCAAUUUUUUUUUUCAGGACAGCAUUUUUGUCUCAGGGAAUAAAGGACACUUGGCUACAAAAAAAAAAAAAUUAUUAAAACUUUUGCCUUUUCUGAUUGGCUUUAACCCUUUUAACCUGACGAUGAAAAUUCAAAUUCUCAUUUGUUGUCCCUGUAUGUUUUCAAUACAACUAGUGGGGAGAAUUUGUUGAAGUAUCAACUUGUAAGAUUAGUCUUUUGUGACAUGUCCUCAUCAUUGACAUUUCAAGGAGAAAUUUUAUGUUGAUCACUCUCAGAGCGUCAAUGGUUAAUCCUCCAGCUAAUUCUUCACAAGCAUCUGGUACCGACUUAAGUUGAAAGAUGCAAGCAUUAUCAUUAAUACAAUGGUAUAUUACCCCAAUAAAACAAUUAGAACCACAUUACUUGAGGAAGUGGCACUGCAGCCUAGAGUUGUAGCUGUUAUGGCAAGAAAAUGGGAAAAGUUUCACAGCUAUCCAAACAAAAUACCCAAAUUACUGACUUCAACUGAUUGGGAAAAAAUGCAAAAUGCGUGGUGAAUGUUGUCACCUUUUAAGGAGUAUCUGCAACAAAAAAAAUGAUUUCUUCAUUAUUCUGCAAUGGUGCCAAUAAACAGGCGAAUGUUUUUAAGAAAGUUUUUGAUGAGGCCAGGUUGUUAAGAACUUUGAAAUAUUUUGAAUGACUAAUAAAACUAUUAUAGACUUCGGCUUCCAUAUGAUUAUGAAGAAUUAGGUCUCCGAGGCGGUUGCCCGCCUUGGCCUUUGGCCUAGGUGUAUAGCACCUCCUGUAUAAUUCUUCAUAUCAUACCCAGCCUCAUUCAGUAAUUAUUGUUACAACAAUACACCUGUAGUGCGUAUAACUUGUUAAUGUGCUCAUUGUUUUCUUUUCAGAUGGCUGAGAACAAUCUCAGUAAUAUUGUUUCUUAACAAGCAAGACUUGUUAAAAGAAAAGGUGCGGGCUGGAAAGUCCAAGAUUGAGGACUAUUUCCCGGACUUUGCUCGGUAUAGAACUCCUCCAGAUGGUAAGAUAGACAAGAAUUUUUUAUGCCUUUUUCCCAGAGCAAAAACAGUGAUAUUAUUAAAUUGCAAGCACUUCCCUUUGUUUAUCAUUGGUCAUGUAAACUGUUACCUGCUUGUUUCAAUUGAGUAAUUUAAAUUUACUGCUUUUGUUCAUCCCUAUACAUCGUGCCAAUCACGCUCUGGUAAUCUUUAUGUAGUCUCUGUCAAUACCACCCAAUAUGGCUUACGCUCCCUAAAAUUUGCCUCUCUUUGGUAUCCUUUAAUUUUCAGCAAUAAUAUCGGCAGAAGACCGGUCCUUACUUAUAUGACACCAGAUUAUUAGUUGCUUUAGGCAUGAAGUAGGUCACACAUUUAUGAUGCUUUCUUUCUUUUCCAGCCACAGCGGAGCCUGGAGAUGAGGAAUCAGUGACAAGAGCUAAAUAUUUUAUUCGAGAUGAAUUUCUUGUAAGUAAAGAUUUUCCCUGACGUCUUAGAAUUUUCAAUCCUUCCCUGUUUUUUAGUUUCUAUUUAUGCUAAAACAUCUUACACUUUUUGGAUUAUAUUCGUAUUUAUAUUCAAGAGUAAGAGACAGGAAUGGGUGUGCAGCUCGAACUGUAAAGUGGCUUAUUCAUUUGACGUCAUAACGGCUCAUGUGCAUUCGCACCAGUGGGAAAUAAUGUUCGUUCUUUGUUUCUGCCACUUUGUUAACUUACGCCGAAUCUUUUUACGUCAUACUUGUCAUUUUGGCCACGCGAUAGGGCGGACAUUCGUGAAGGCAAAUUCGCGAGUUUUGAGGACAAAAAAAGAGGUUUGGCAAGAUAAUUGACGAGUUUAAAUUUCAAAUACAUAUUUUGCAAAUAUUGUAGAACUAAAAACGACAAAAGAAAAUUCCUGUCGCGUACACUUCAAUUAAAUAAUAAAUAUAUGAAUAUGAUUUAUUGGAACUGCGCGAAGUAGAAACAAAUUGCAAAGGAGAUCAUCGGUUUAUUGGGUAGAGCGCUCUACCGAUAUCGCAGAGGUGUCAGGGAUCCAAUCCUUGUAAGACUGAAUUUUUGCAGGCUUUCAUCCCUCAACUUCAUAAGUUGCGUCUUAAAACUGGGGUGAUCUUCUUUGCAAUGUAAUCAUCCUUCGUCAGGUCACUCAGGAUACACAAGUCAUGUGCGCCGCCUAAUACGAAAACCCAAUAAUAUUGGGAGAGCGUACCUCCCAUCCCCCACCAAUCCCACGAACCUGUGGGGGAUGAUGGUAAAAUGAAAAAGUUGAAUGAUGAAUACAUUGCAACUUUCAAAACCUUACCUGCGUAUCAUCAUUGCACGCGCUUUAGGAUCAGUGGAAUAAGUGGAUUAAAAGCAAUACCAUGUGGUAUUUCAGGGGGCAAACAAAUGAUAAAAUUUCCCAGUGCGAGUAAUUGCGGGAGAGUUUUUUAAUGCUCUCAAAACGAGACGACUCUUUUAGUUCGAGCUUCGCCAAGUUUUACGUCAUUAUUGUUUGCUGUGAGAACUUAUACGUUCGCUUCUGCGUACAGGAAAGAAACAGGCGAUUUUUUUGCACUGGUGGCUUUUAUCACUUGGUUGCUUUUUUGUUUGAAACCACCUGACAUUUCUUUUUUAAGCUCAUGUCAAGAUGGCGGUAUCGUUAAUAAGGUCUAAUGCAGACUCGCGUUCGUUCAUGCCAACAGGAAAUUAUUUGCGUUCUUUAUCACUGCCACUACAGCUGAGCGUUCAGUUCCACCGAAUGUAAAUUCAUUAACGGUUGUAUUUUUACUUUUUUUCAGCGAAUCAGUACAGCCAGUGGAGAUGGUAAACAUUAUUGUUAUCCACAUUUCACAUGCGCAGUAGACACGGAGAAUAUUCGACGGGUGUUUAACGACUGCCGAGACAUAAUCCAGCGAAUGCAUUUGCGCCAGUAUGAACUUCUGUGA